UGUCUCUCCUGCCAUUUGUCUCCUCUCUCUCUCUCUCCACAUUCCAUUCGAGUGUCUGGCGUUGGAAAUGCCAUUUUUGAAUCCAUCGCGCACACACGGAACAAAAAGAAUAAUGAACGCAACAACCGUAUUUGCCUCCUGGCGACACUUACUAACCAGGGCGAACAGGUUGCCUUCCACAGCUUUUUGCCUUUCGGACAACUCCCUUGACUUUACAGUUUCUUUUGUCCAAAAAACCUUCUUUGGCGAUGGUAAUCGGCCCUGGGGAACGCCCUCGUGCAAGAUUGUCUCCUUAUUCUCUCUCCAACUUUCUUGGCCCUUUGUAGACAACGCUUUUCCCUCUCUCUCCCCUUUAGCUUCUUCUUCUUUCUCUCCCUCCCAGAGAUACAAAAAGGUCGCUGGCCGAUUUUGGUUGUUUCAUCAUUGGGUUAGCACCUCGAUUAAAAAAAACCCGUUUUUUUUCUUCUUCCUUGUCGUCGUCGUUCCCCCCCCAGCUCCUUGCUCUCUCCCACUUCUUGCUCACUCGUUCUUUCUUCCUCCCGGACAGUAUCUGCUCUUGUGUGCUCUGUCGUACACACAGCCUUCUCCAAGCUAGCUGCAAGAUACACACACAGACAAGACCGACUCGGGCCAAAAGCGUUCUUUUUGUGUGGCGCGCCCGACACUCGUCCCUUUCAACUGUCAGAUACCCCAUCCGCAUGGGCAAAACCAACUGAACAAUAAAGGCUUCCGUUAAGACAAGACCAGCUCUCAAGAACACGCUUACGACCUCAAAAGUGCUCUUGCCAUCUGCGUGGGAACAUUCAUCUUUGAGCGACAUCUCUCACCAUCUGGAACGUGCACAUCAACAUUUGCAACUUGACUUUUACUCCUACACUUUUACCUUGAACGCAUAGUCGCGCUGGUUUGAAAGUAGAACGUUUCAAUCAUGCUUGUUGGAACUCAAUCGACCAGCGAAAUUAACAUGGCCGGAAUGUGCGACAUGGACUUGAUCAUGCGCCUUCAUCAGUAUGCCUACAAUCCGAGCGUAUACAAGCCCAACCCUUACGUAGAUGUCUCCAAGCUCAACCUUGGUGCUUAUAUGCAAGACAUGUUUGGGCAAGACGUUUUGUCUGCCGCUGAGCAAGAAGUCGUUGCACCUCUGGCCACGACUGAUAUCUCUACGCUAGAACAAUCGCCCGAGCGACUCGGGCAGGCGCCGUUGGCUGCCGUAACUCCAAUUCCCCUGGGAGAUAUGCCCUUCAUUUUUGAUUUGGGAUACUCUCAAGGGCAUCUUCAAGAUCACGCCAAACAGACGGUAACGGCGCUGCAGGCCUGCGGUAUUCCCACAUCCCCAUCGCGGCCAGCUCCCGCUAGCUUCCUGCCGGAGAUGGAAUCGCGACUUUUGCACUCCACGUCGCUUGAUUUCUUGGACAGUCUUGGUCCAGACGUUGGCGUCGGUGCAGACGAAGAAUUUGGCUCGCAGGACUCUAUUCUCCAAGACGAGUUCGAUGACGAGCCGCGCUAUACAGAUCUGUCAUGCCCUUCCUCAGACUUCACCCAGGCAGACAUUUCGUCGCCCAUUGAUUUUCAGCCUCCUUUCCAUGGUCUGGCUACACCGGAGGACGAUAACGAGUUUGAGAUUUACGCCUUUGGUGCGGAUUACACACCAGCGCCUGUUCGCACCAGUCGUCGCUUGUCUCACAGCUCACUGCUUUCCGAACCCAUCGCGGAAGCGCCAAAACCUAAAGCUCGCAAGCGAAAGGCUGCCGUGAGCGAUGUUGAGAACGAAGAGAAUGUAGAUCCCGAUAUGCCUGCUCAAAAAAAGAUCCGCCAGAAAGCCGAAACUCGUCGUGAGCAGUGCAAGAUUGCGUGCAUCCACUGUAAGAAGGCUUGCAAAAAGUGUGACAAUCUUCGUCCUUGUACCCGAUGCUGUCGAAUGGGUUAUGCGGACUCUUGCCUUGACGCUCCGCGCAAAGAGCGGCCCAAGAGUGUGAGGCGGGGGCACUACGGCAAAAAGAAUAACAAUGACUUCCGUUUGGAGACUGCUAGCGACAGUGGGAACGAAUGGUCUCCGUCGUCUUCUGAAUAUUCUCGAUCUUCUUCCUUUAAUGAAUACUCUUGUUCGUCGCCCAUGUCCUUUGAGCACCUUUCAAGCCCAGCUCCUUCCUCUCUUUACGAUUCUGAUUGCGAGUUCACACCAAAUGCGUCGAACCGCACCGCAGCGUACCUUGCGACUCCUUUAACGUCGAAGGCCUCCAAGAAUGGAACAUCACCGGAUAGACACUAUGUGUCCCCUCUCAAUAUUUUUGCUCCUCCUGUGCAAUCCCGAAGAAGAUUGCACGGUCGAAGGGAUGAUUAAGUAUCCGCACGAUGAUAUCACGGCACCGCGAACCUUCGUGUACACAAAUUAAUUUAUUCUUGCCGCUGUCGACCGCGACAGCCUGGCAUGUCGGUCGACGCACAUUCAUGCACAUAGUCUUUUUUUUAUUUAAACUACAUAGUGUCAAAAAAGCGGG